AAAAAAAAUUCGACAUAUGGCAACAAUAGCUGGUAAAGCUCGAUGUAUUAUAUGUGACAAAGAAAAACGUACAGUUAAAUGUGAAGGUUGUUCACAAAUGUUUUGUUAUAUACAUUUACCAGUUCAUCAUCAAGAACUAAGUCAACAAUUAGAUGAAAUUGAACAAAAUCGUGAUCUUUUUAGACAAACACUUAGUCAACAUGCAGAUGAUACUAAACAACACUCAUUAAUCAAACAAAUUGAUCAGUGGGAAGAAGAUUCGAUAAAAAAAAUCCAACAAACAGCAGAAGAGUGUAGACAAUUAUUAUUUCAUCAUAUAACGAAACAUAUUACUCAAAUAGGAGGUAAUUUAGCCGCAUUAACUGAUCAAUUGAAGCAUAUUCGUCAAGAAAAUGAUUUUAAUGAACUAGAUUUAAAUCAUUUGAAAGAAAAAUUAACACAAUUAUCGGAAGAACUUUAUCAACCACCUAAUGUCUCAAUUCAACAAGAUUCAGCAUCACUUGUAAACAAAAUUUCUGUUGUUGUUUCUUCUGUUAAAAAUGAAAAAGGUAAUAAUGAUAUAUGGAAAAAUGAUGUAUCUUUAGUUGGAAAGAAAAAUGAAAAUGAUAUUAUUGAUGUAUUAGAAGGUUGGAUAGCUUGUAACUAUUGUCAUACGGCUUAUCGAACACAUUCUAAAAAAGAUUCUAAUGGUAAAAGGAAAAAUUUUGGAUUAAAUUCAAUGCAUGAUCAUUUGAAACAAUGUAAAUUAAAAUCAAAAGCUAAUGAAAUUAAUAAUCAAAAUGAUAAAACAUCUGGAUUUUUUAUUCAACCCAAAUUUGCUUAUAAUAAAAAGGCAUUACCAGACAAAUAUAAAUUAAAACUUAAAGAUGCUGAAUUAAAAUUCGUGGUUGCCGGUUCACAUUCAUUUAAUUCAUUAGAAAAUGAUGGAUUAUUACAAUUAUUUCAAACUGGUAUUGAUAUUGGUGCAAAUUUAGGUUUGUUAGAUGUUAAAGAUAUAUUCUAUGGAAGACAAACUAUUCGUGAAGAAGCUGUAUCCAAAUUUGAUCAAUAUACAGAUCAAAUACGUUCUUUAUUAGAAGAACCAAUUAAACAACAUUGCAUUGCUGCCACAGCUGACCUGUGGACUGAUGAUUUAAUGAAAAGAAGUUAUUUGGAUUUUACAGUAUUUUAUGUUAAUAAUAUUUAUGAAUUAAAACAUACUUUAUUAAGAUGCAAACAUUUUGAUGAACAAAAAAUCGGAAUUAAUAUAUGGCAUGAGAUAGAACAAAUCUUUCAAUCAUUUAAUUUAUCAUUCGGUGACACACCCAUCACUACAGAUCAAGGUGCAAAUAUGAUUAAAGCAUUAAGGGUAACUGAUGAAGCAAGAUUUCCAUGUUUAGCACAUCGAACAAAUACAGUGUUAGAAACAGCAUCGGAAAAUGUUAAAAAAAUUAAUAUUGAAUUUAAAACUUUCUGUACAUCAGUUAGUGAUCUUCGAACUUAUUGUCAACAAAGUGGUGGAAUCCAGUUUAAAUUACCAAAAACAUUAAAACGUACAAGUGGUACACGUCCAUGGCGUUCAUAUUUUCUUAUUCAUGAUAGUUUACAUCAAUCAUAUGAACAAUUGCUGAUAUUAUUACGUGAACGUGGUGAACAACAUCGUCUUAUACACAUUAAUCCACAAUUAUCACAUGAAAUUAGUAAGUUUAUGGAAAAUUUCAGUUUAAUUUUUGAUAGUUUAGAAUUUUCAAAUCGACCAACAUUACAAAAUGUUAUACCAAGUUAUUAUCGAAUGCAUGAAUGUUGUAUUAUAGACAGAAAACAAAAAAAUUCUAUUAUAAAUUUAUUAAAAGUUGAAAUUGCCAAAGAACUUGGUGAUAAAUAUUGGACGUCGACAACACAAUUACAUUGGAUUGCUGCAUAUCUUGAUCCAACAUUUAAAGAAUUAUUAUUUGUUACUGAUGAAAAAUUUUUAUCUGAACAGAAGAAAUUAAUUAAAGAUGGUAUUUAUGUUUUGGCUAAUGAUUUUAAAGAUGUUAUUUUAUCAUCCAAUGAAUCUUCACAUAAAAAUGAUUCACCACCAACAAAAAAAAUGAAAGAAGAUCCUUUUGCAUCAAUGCGUGGUGUACGAACAACAACAUCUUCAGUUAUUGUUUCAACAAAUUCAUUUAUUAACGAUGUCGAACGACAAAUUCAAAUUUAUGAAAAUACAUCAUAUGAAUUACCUGAAGAUAAUAAUCCAUUGAUAUUUUGGCGUGAUCAACAAUCAAUCUUACCGAUUUUAUCCAAAAUAGCAAAGUCUAUAUAUGUUAUACAAGCAUCUUCGGCUGAAUCGGAACGGCACUUUUCAAUGGCCGGGAGAAUUGUCACAGAAGAAAGAUCUCAAUUGGAUCCUGAAUGUGGAACACCAUUUGCAAUUGUUGGUUUUAAAGGCUUUAAUGCAGAUGUUGGAGAAUUUGAUUGGAUUGUUGAACAAUCAAGACAUGAAUAUGAUCAAGCAUUUGCUCGACUUUCGUCACAAAAUGGAAAAAUUAGUGGUACAUCAGCCAGACAAGAAAUGAUCAAAUCAAAGCUUCCAAAUAAUGUCCUUGGUCGUAUAUGGAAAUUAAGUGAUAUUGAUAGAGAUGGCAUGCUUGAUAUUGAUGAAUGGGCUUUGGUUCAACAUCUGAUCAAAAUUAAAUUAGAUGGCCAUGAAUUACCAACCACAUUGCCUGAUCAUCUUGUGCCACCAAGCAAACGCCAUUUAAUUAAAAAUACUGCUAGUUCAUCCUAUGGAAACAAAUAA